GACGUGUUUGAACCAUUGUGUAUUUCAAUUUAAAUAAUAUUUUUGUUAAAUGUAUUCAUAAGACGUGAAAAGACAAUACACAGUCAUAUUUAAAAUGACUACCAAAACAUACCACGUCUACUGGCGGUUGAUUGGCCAUACAAUUGGCUUGGCACUGCACUCUGGCAACAAUAUUGCAAUGUAUUUCGCGAUGCAGGGCGAAGUAUUAAAAGAUCCAGAGAUUAGAACACUCAAAGCGACACAAUUUAAAUAUAUCACAAUUUGGAAUGUAGCCUUUCAAAUGCUCUUCCUUUUUAUGAGCUUAGCGUGCGACAUAUCGUUACUACAUAAAGUAAAGAAGGAACCCAAAUAUAUAGCAUACGUAAGAAGCUAUAAGGAUAUAUUUUUCGCGAGUGUGGUCUGGCCUUUGAGUUUGACGAUUUCUGCUGUAUUCUGGCCUGUAUUUAUCAUAGACAGGGAAUUAAUAUUCCCAGUGUAUAUAGACAAAGCUUUAAGCUUGCUAUCCAAUCACAUUAUGCACUCAUCUAUAGUGCCUAUAGUGCUUUGGGAAUUAUUAUUCCAACCUAGAAGUAGGCCGAGCUCUCACAAGUGGUUCAUAGCUCAUACAAUCAUUAUAGCUUCAACGUAUAUGUAUGUGCUAUUGGCUAAUUACGCCGAACACGGUAGAUGGCCAUAUCCAGUACUUAAUAAGCUGUACGGAACCCCAUAUUUUGCCCUAUUAUAUAUCAUCCUCAUUACCAUCUAUGUGUUGGUGUACUCCAUUCAAUGGACCUUAACUGAAUAUUUACAUAAGAAACCUAUUAAAUUAAAUAAAAAAUAAUUACGU